AUGCCGCCGAGGAGCGUCUCCUGCGGCUCCCUUCUACAGGAACUGCAGGAACUAUGGGGAGAAAUUGGUCAGGGUGAAAUGGAAAGAGAUAGGAUGAUACUGCAAUUGGAGGAGGAUUGUCUCAAUGUUUACAGGCAAAAAGUGAAUCAGACUAGGAAGCAGAAGGCAGACCUGCUUCAAGAGCUGUCUUUUGGUGAAGCUGAUAUAGAUAAGAUCCUUUCUGCUCUUGGAGAGAGAGAAACCUUUCCCAGGUCAGAGAAGCUUGGGGGCACAUUGAUGGAACAACUUGCCAAGAUAGAGCCAGUGCUGGAAGAUUUGAGGCGCAGGAGGGAUGACAGAGUAAAUGACUUCAGGGCUAUUCAGUUACAGAUAGUUCGAUUACAAGCAGAAAUUUCAGGAGCCAUUGAUCAUGGGGAUCCCGCUGCUCCUAUGGUGGAUGAGAAUGAUCUAUCCUUGAAGAGAUUAGGGGAAUUGAAGGAGCAACUUAAUGAUCUUCAGACAGAAAAGGAAUGCAGGCUGCAAAAAAUUGACAUCCAGACUAACAGUAUUCAGGAAAUGUGCAACAUUAUGUCUAUUGAUCUCAAAAAGGCACUAAAGGAUGUUCAUCCCAGUUAUGCUGAGCUGGGAAGAGGCAAACCCAUGAGCAUUAGCAACGAUUCACUUGAUAGACUCUCGGAAAAAGUUCAUGCGUUAAAUCAUGAAAAGAAACAAAGGCUUUGGAAGCUCCAAGAUCUUGGCAGCACACUCAUUGAGUUAUGGAACCUCAUGGAUACACCAACUGAUGAACAAAGAAGUUUUGACCAUGUGACUUCUCUUAUUAAAGUCUCACCAAAUACAGUGAUGCCCCCAGGGUGCCUUGCAUAUGAGCUUAUUGAGAAGGAAAUCUUUAGAAGUGUUCACAUGGAUAUUAAUAGUGACACAGAGCGGCGAACCCUCAGUGAUCUCAUUGAUUUUGGUAGAGCAGAUCUUUCAGAGUUGCUGACAAGAAUGGAUAUUCGAAUUGCGGAGGCAAAAGAACAUGCAUUAAGUAGAAAGGAUAUUCUAGAAAAGGUGGAGAAGUGGACAUCAGCAUCUGAAGAGGAGACUUGGCUUGAUGAAUACGAGAGGGAUCAAAACCACUAUAAUGCUGGCCGAGGAGCUCACAUAAAUCUCAAGUGUGCGGAGAAAGCUAGGACAUUGGUCAGCAAACUUCCAUCUCUUGUGGAGAACUUAACUGCUAAAAUUAAAGCUUGGGAAAAGGAGAAGGGUAUUCCAUUUAUGUUUAACAAGGUGAGGCUGUUGGAUUGUUUAGAAGAAUACACCUGUACAAGACAGCAAAAAGAAGAGGAAAAGCGUCGAUCAAGGGAAUUGAAGAAACUGCCAAGUACAGAUCAAGGUGCCAAGUUUGUUACGAAACCUAUCCGUCCUCUUUCUGCAAGGAAGCCUCUUGGGAGCUCUAAUGUCAAUAAUAUCGGUGGAACUCCGACCGGCCGCCGUGUUUCUACCCCUAUGUCACGGAAGUGUAGGCCAUCUUCUGGAAGGGUGCAGGAAGCUGUGAAGACUGCUGUGGCACCAGCAAACUAUGUUGCCCUUCCCAAGGAGACUGCUCAGACAAUUCUUUCCUUUGAAGUGUAA